AUGCCGUCAGGGACUAAAGGAGCCUCUCUUCAAACACGAGAUGAAUGUGAUCUAUUUGGCGCAAUACCCAACCCCGGAUUAAGAACCAGGAACAUCUACACAAUAGGCUUAGCUUUGGACUGGAUUCUGUCCCUGAUAUUCAUCAUUGGGGGUUCUCUGAUGACGAAUGCCAAAAAUGUCAAGGUUCCGCACCAGCUUGAGGGAAUAGGAAUUAUCAUCAACUUCUAUGCGCACACAUAUCCCGAAGAACCGUUUCCCAAGAGUCAUCGCAUCUACCACCUAAUUCCGGGGGGAAACUUGUUAGUAACUACGUUAUUAAAUUUUCUUGUGACCAUUGUCCUUGAUUCGACCAACUAUAACCAUGCAGUGACCCUCAGGUGGGUACUAUUUCGGGAAGGGCGACUGAGAUUCGAUUCAAAUAUCCGACUCUUCACGAGAUCAAAGUGUCACGGACCAAACAGCUGGUAUUUCAACAUAAUAUCCGGCGUAGGGUUGGCCAUUUCCCACGGCGCACUAUCUUGCAUGAUGAUGGAAGUUAACGUUGAAGGUGCGGUCAACAAGCAAAAGCAAGUGUUCGAAAAGAUUCAGUCGCCUCCUAGAGGGUUUGUUGAGGUCAACCUCCUAGCAGUAUCCGCUCUAGGAAUUGGGCUUCUGCUGCAAGUCGUCGUGUCAACCUAUAGUCUACUAUGCAGUCAUGGAGUUCUGACAUGGAGCAGCAAUCUGCUAGCCAAUGCAAAGGCUAUAGCUGGUGUCCAAGAUUCUCGAUCGAAGGUGGGUUCAAAGUUUACACCCCAGCGGUCACAAGACUCGAUGCUCAGUAUAGCGCCGGAAAUUCGAUUAAUUCGCUAUCUCAUAUGGGGCUUCUGCGGACUUUCCACUACCUGGUCCCUCGGACAGGGAGUCUACGUCUCAGUCUGCGGCUAUAUGACGGACGAUAAAAUUGCCUGGUUUCGAAAACCGAUGCAGUACUGGAAAUUUUAUGGAGCCAUGUGGGCACCCUUCGGCAAAAUAUCGGAGCCCUCAUCAUACUGGCUAGGGCUACUAGUUCAGAUCGUUUUACAAUCGUUUCUCACGCUUGCUCUACACUGUCUGGAGCUGCUUUUCAAUAUACCUCGUGACGAAGCCACGUGGCGCAAUAUGGAAACGGUCGGAUCGAAGCCCAGUCCUUCGAUUAUGUCCAAUUUGAGCCGACAGGGUCUCUUUUUAUCGAUCAUCAAAGCCACGCUCCACUGGAUAUUUGGAUAUGCGUUCUCGGCAGACUUGACCUUCAAUAUUGCCUUGAUGCUAAUAAUUGCUUUGAUGGUAGUUUUCAUUCCCCUGGCUGUCUUGACAGAAUACAUGAUUAAGAAAAGGCCCAAAGGAAGCAUACCCGGAUGCUAUGGCAAUUUUCAACGAGUUUGGGGGUGGGUAGAUGAGUGGAAUCACCAGAAGCUGUUCUGGGGGGAUAAAGGGGAACUUGUUCUCGGAUUCCGUCGAGCUGGUACAUCUGGCAAGAGGUUACCGGAGCUACACUCAAAUAUUCUCUACUAUUGUUCUCAGGCCAGUGAGUUGGAAAGGGAAGGGAGCUUACAGCAAUUGAAGUUGGGUUCUGUCUCCGACCGUGACAGUACUUCCGACAAAAAUGUGGAAUAA